AUGUUUCGGAUUGCAGUGACAGUUUCAUUUCUUCUUUUGGGGAUCCAACCGAGCCGUGGCUUUUCUCGUUCCAUUACCAAUCUUGAAAGAAGAAGAAGAAGCUGUCCAGUCCCCAAAGAAUGCAAUGGCAAGGGUGACGAAGCCGUACUCCGCUGCAAGACGGUACUCUGUGUUGCACAGCAAGGAGCACAAGAACGACGAAAGGCUGAGAGUUUAGAGCGAGGACAUCAUCCCCUAAUGUCACUAAACUUGAACCUGGACUCGUUAGCGCAAGGCGGAGCUGCUCCAAGAGCCCAAGAACUUUUGGAACGGAUUCAAGCUCUUUAUCAGGAAGGAUAUUAUGCUGUCUCACCAGACGUGGUGUCUUAUAAUUCCGUGCUGAAUGCGUGGGUUAAACGAAACGAACCCCAGAAGGCUCUGGAGCUUUUAAAGAGCCUGGAAGCACAAAGAGACAGCCCAGUGGCUGAUGACAAGAAUAUCAUUGAAGCCGAUGUGAUCAGCUACAAUACAGUCAUCUAUGCCUUUGCCCAAAAUGGCCUCUACAAGGAAGCGGAAGCACUGCUACGUGAAAUGCAACAACACCCGGACGAAAACAUCCGACCGGACUCAAUCAGCUUCAAUUCCGUGCUGUACGCGUAUGCUCAGUCGAAAGAAACCGAUGCACCAGCCAAAGCGGAAGCAUUGUUGCGAGAAAUGAUGACUGAUGAGAACGAGGCUCAGGUGGAUACCGCCAGCUUCAACGUGGUCUUGCAUGCUUGGGCCAAUUGCAAGAAAGUAAAAGCGCCCCAUCGAGCGCAAGAACUCUUAGAACACAUGGAAACCCUGUCCGAGGCAGGAAACAGCCGUGUCAAGCCAGAUGUAUAUAGUUACACCACUGUCAUUCAGGCGUGGGUAUCGCAGAUGCGCCACCGCCAUCGUCGACGCGAGAAUAAAAGUCGAGGGAAUCACUUUGACAAAACCCAGAAGACACUGACACAACAGGGCGCAAACACAGCGGCUGCACCUGCUGCUUACAGGCUUUUGAAAAAAAUGGAAGAGCAGCAGCUACAACCAAAUCAGAUCACUUAUACCUCAGUCAUGAGUGCUCUGUGUUGGUCGGGACAGCCCGACGAAGCCCACAAACUGCUCCUGCACUUGCUAGAGAGGUUUCAGCAGCAACAAAACAUGGUGGGAGAAUCGACGUCGGCUGCUGCAAUGCUGGUCAAGCCCGACACAAUCGCUUUUUCGGCAGUUAUGGAUGGAUGGGUCAAGAACUCCAACCAUCACUCUCCCAAGGCAUUGCAACGUGUCAUGGAGUUGUUGGACCUCAUGAAACACUGGCAGAGCGAGGGCCAUGAUGACAUGGCUCCAAACAGCCGUACAUAUACCUCGGUAAUAUCAGCAUUGGCAAAGAGCCGCACGUGGGAUGCCUGCUUGAAGGCUAAGAGUAUCUUGAAAGAGAUUCCCGAGGGAGCAACGGUGAUCCACUACAAUGCAGUCUUGGAUGCAUAUGCAAAAAGCCCAAGAGCUGAUAAAGCUCGUCAUGCCAAGACGUUGCUGGGAGAGAUGAUGGCCAACCCAUCCGUUUCACCAGAUAUCAUUUCGUUCAACUCGGUAUUGAGCGCAUGCGCCGGGUCCUUUGGCGAUGCCGCUUUGAAGAAGGAAUCAUUGUCGAUUGCAGUAGCCGUCUUCAAGCACAUUUGUCAAUCUGAAGACUUGACAGCGACGGCAUACACAUUCUCUAUUAUGAUAAAAACCUUGCGAAAGCUGGUCUUUGAGGAGGCGGCACGUUAUGAUUUUGUGGGGAAGAUUUUUCAACUCUGUUGCAAAAAUGGACAAGUCAACGCGGGUGUGUGGCAGCAAGUCAAGAAGUCCAUUCCAAGCGAUGAAACUACCGAGCAUCUAUGGAAUACUCUUCUGGGAGAUGUUGUCUACCGCGAAGGCCUGCAGAUUGCUGACCUACCAGAUGAAUGGAAGAGCAAGGCAAAGCUCAAUUACUAG